GAACUGCAUACAGCUGAAUUAAUAUUGUUCCGAAACCCAAUGGACUUUUUAAAAAAAAAUUCGACAUUAAGGAAAGGAGACGGUGAUCGAUUGAAGUGAAAUUCAGCAGCGCGUGUUUGAAGAUGUGCAGAAUAGAUAAUCUGUUGGAUAGAAAGCAGCUGAUGAAAAUGGGAAUUGCCUUAAUUAUAAUUGGACAUUUGAACUUCAUUCUCGGAGCAAUUAUCCAUGGCACAGUCCUGCGACACGUUACUUCACCAGCAAAUGGCAAUUUGGUUGAAUAUUCCGUAACUAAUAUCAUAUCUGCAAUUUCAGGAAUAUUGACCAUUUGUACAGGAAUUGCAGUAAUUGUGUUAUCGGGGAACCUGUGUCGUACAACACUGCAAUACGUUGUCUUUACAAGUAGUAUGCUCAAUUCCCUCAUCUCCGUGGCCUGUAUACUGGGUCUGGGAGUCUCUGUUGUAAUCACCAUUGCCAAUGGUGGAAGAACGCUACUCACAGUUUGUCGUCUCAGCUCUACUAAGGAUGUUUUACAAGUAACAAAUGAAUGCCCAUUUGACCCAACAAGAAUCUAUGAUACCACUCUUGCAAUGUGGAUUCCAAACCUGGUACUGACUGGUGUGGAGGCUUUUGUGUCUGUCAGAUGUUUCUUUGUCUCGGUGAAUUUAUUAGGAAUCAAGAAGAAGCGAGUUAAAUCUGACAGGAAACAGGUCAGACAAAAAUCUUCAGAAGAAAUUCAGGAAACUGAUGAAGACAGUGAGCUUCUGGAUGAAACUACAGUGAGGUUCUGGGUGUGACUGCAAUCUGUAACAUUGACUGAUAAACAGCUGUGAAAGACAAAGCCCACUUUUCCUAAACAACGGAUCAAGCGUAGGGCAAAUGUGGACGUUUCAGACUCUCCUAUAUUCUUGGAUGAAGUCCAAAUUCAUUCUACACCUGCCUCAACAACCACAAAAGCAUUAAACAAUUGCAAAAGUUUCACAGGAGCAUAAUUUUAAAUCCCACAUUGGUUGCUUCGUAAUAUAUCCAGUUUUAAUCUGCGCACUAUUUUUUGAAUGAAAUACUACGCAGCAAAUUCUUAUGACAUGGCAUUCCCGACCAGGAAAGGGGGUGCAAUUACAUUCAGUAGUAAAUUCCAGAAGGGAACUGGAUAAAAGGACAAGGUUUGGGGAAAAAGCAGAAGAGUGAUCUAAUUGAAUAUUUCUUUUGAAGGGCAGACAUAGACAUAAUUGAUUGAAGGACCCCUUUUUUGUGUGUUUGUAAUAUCCAGUGCCAUUGACAUUGUGAAGGCUAACAGGAUUAUCUUUUACCAAAGCAAUGCUUACAAUCAGUACAUUAGAUUUGGUUCCAAAGGAAUAUUGAAGUAAACGCUUUGUAUGAUAAUUUUAAACAACUCACUACUUUCUGGUCCGUAGUUCCAUGGUUAGCCACCAUGAAGGGACAGGACUGCACAUGAUUUUUCAUUUAGGAUUCAUCUUGGGAAAUUACAUUCCAUAAAUCUGUUUGCUUUUCAGUGACAAGUAAAAGAGCAGCCCGAGUCUAGUCUGGCUAUUUACUGCCCCAUCAGUCAUAAAAUCAUCAGCAAAGUGAUGGAAACACGUCAUCGACAGGACUAUCAAGAAGUGUUCACGUAGCAAUGACCCACUCACUCAUGCUCAGCUUGGGUUCCACUCAGUCUGCUUAGCUCCUGAUCUUGUUACAGCUUUGAUCCAAUGGACAAAGGAACUGAACACAAAUGAGUUGAGAGUGACUGCCCUUGACAUCAAGUCAGCAUUUUAACAGGUAUGACAUUAAAAACUACUGGCACUGGGAAUCAGAGGGAAAACUAUCCUCAGAUUGAUGCCAUACCUAGCCGUUCUCUUUACUGGAGGCCAAUCAUCUCUGUCUUGGGCUAUCUCUGCAGGAGUUUCUCAGGGUAGAUACCCAGGCCCAAUACAUUGUCUUCAGCUGCAUUGUCACUGACCUUUCUUCUAUCCUAAGAUUGGAAGUGGGAAUGUUCACUCAAAAUUGCACAACGUUCAUUUUAAACACAACUCAUCUGAUACUCAGUUUGGACACACACUCUGUCUUUACCACUGACACUGUGGCAGUAGUGUGUACAAGAUACAUUGCACCUACUCAAUUGUUUGUUGACAGCACCGUUCAAAUCUGAGACUGCGGCAUUUUGUAGAACAAGGUUUAGGAGAUACGUGGGAACUAAACAAUUGUAGGUUCCCCUCUAAGUCACACACAAUCCUGACACGGAAAUGUAAUGGUUCCUUCUCGUUGCUAGGUCAAAAUUCUGAAACUCAUUUCUGACAAGAUUCUGAUUGUAUCAAAUGGGGUCGCAAUAUUUCAGGAAGGCAAUUCACUGUCACUUUCUCAAUGAUAAUUGUGAUGGACAUCAAAUGCUGGCCUUAUCGCCAAUGCACAACCUAUGAAAGACUUAAUUAAAAAACAAGGUUUAGUAAGACUUUAGUAAUGAUGCUGUAAUGUAAAUAAAGACUCUUCAAGUCCUUAGUUCUUCAAGUUCUGCGUUGAGCUGUGUUUAGUAACAGAGAACAUGAUUUUGAUUGGUAAGGGACAUUUUAAGGAGUGCCAAUGUGAAGUUUCCAAAUAGGUCAUUGAAUGGAAGCAGAGAAUCCUCAUAUAAAUAAAAUAACCACAGCUACAAAAACGAAAUUAAUCCAUACCAAAAAAAAUCAACAAGUCCUUUACCCCCAACAUUGCUUAUGCCAAUAUUGUUGAUACACAUGAAAUUUGAUUAAGGUCAAAGACAGAGCAAACUUUGGGUUGUAUGUAUAUUUUUGCAAUCUGCAUUGACGUGCUAAGUCUAUCAAUGUUACUGUCCGGCUGUCAGAAAUUAACAUGGAUAAUUUUUGGUACAUCAACACACCUGAUUUCUGCCUUAUAGAUGGUAAACAGGCUUUAAAGAGACAGGAGGUGAGAAUUUGAUGCAGAACUCUUAGAUUUCAUUCUGGUAGCAAUAGUAUUUACGUAGUUAGUCCAGUUAAAUUUCUACUGAAUGUCAGCCCUAUGCUGUUGAUAGUGGGAGAUUCAGUGAAUUGAAUGUCAUUGGGCAAUAGUUAGAUUCUUUCUGUUUGGAGAUGGUCAUUGCCUGCCACGUGGAUGGCACAAAUGUUCGUUUCCAUUUGUCAGUUCAAACCAGGAUAUUGUCCAAGUGUUGCUGCUUUUGACUAUGGACUGUUACAGUAUCUGAGGAGUUGCAAAUGGGGUUGAACAUGGGAAAAUAUCAGUGAACUUCCCCACUUCUAACCUUUAUAUUAGAGGAAAGAUCAUUGAUGAAGCAACAGAAAAUGGUUGGGUCCAGAGAAAUUACUAUUUGCCAUGAAACUUUCUUAAUUACUUUUCAAAGUCUUGAUAUUCUUGCUCCAUAGAUGGUUCAAUUGUGUGUAUCAAUGCUACAUGAUGGGAAAAUCAGUGGUCUACAUCAGACUUGAAAUCAUUGUCUUCUUUUUGUUGGUACAUCAUGACUUGGCAUUUGUCAUCAGAUACAUUUACCUUUAACUUUAUUUAAAAGCAGUUGAUGAUGAUGCUAUCUUAAAUCCUCUGAUGGUAAAAUGGAUGAGUAAACUGAUUUUUAAUGGUGAUAAUUUUCAUGUCAUUGUACCCAUUAAAGGACAAAGUAAAGCA